AUGUCCAGCGUAAAUCUUCAUUUUGUUACGAUACCUGGAAAACGUACACUGAUCACAUUGCCUAAGGAAUUUCAAUUAAGUGACAUGCUUCAUAUGAUAAGAAGUCAAAUAUAUGACAAUGCUGUCGAAGAUUGUGUAUUUUUCUGCAAGGGUAGACGUUUGCUAUUGAACGAUCCAGCUGCCUUUCAGAUUCAGAAAAGCAAAUUAAUCAACAAUGGAGCUGUAAUCCUAAUAGGCAAAACAAUACCAUCAUGCGAGCGAAAUCAAACAAUCAGAGAAGAAAGCAAAAAAGAUACCUCGAUAACGUUGUACUUCAUUACAACAUCUGGAGAACGAAUAGUGUCGAAGAUCCCUGGAAAAUUUACGCGAAGUGAUUUUCUAAAAAUCAUCGACUAUAAUUUUGGCAAGAACUGUCAAGACCACGCAAGUUUUAUAUGUAUGGGUCAAGAACUGAACAUUUCUAAUCGACUGAUAUUUGAGAAACAAAGACCACUGAUUCGAGAUGGAAGUCUUAUUUUUCAUAUUGCACAAAGCAAGAGUAAGCUUGUACAAUACGAUGACGAUCAUCCAGUAUUGAUCGAAAGAACUAUAUUUGAAAAGUUUUGUAUUCUAUUACCGUUCCUAUUUUUUCUCAUCUUCUACACUUAA